CAAGCUGAGAAAUUAAUGCCAUUGCCUCGCACGACUUGUAAUGAUUCACUACAAUAUAAAUUAAAGCUCUACCCUGCACAAUAACCAAAACAAACAGCUGAAUUUCAUCCUUUAGUCAUGAUGAUGGUUCCCAGAAUAUUAUUUUCUUUACUUCAGUUUUUCACUCUCUUAUAUCUCUCCACAGUUUCUUUUGCUUCUACUGAGGAGGCAACUGCUCUCCUCAAAUGGAAAGCGACUUUCCAAAACCAAAAUAAUACCUUAUUGGCUUCAUGGAAACUAAGUCCUGUUGGUUCCAAGAAUUCUUCCAGCGUUGGAGCGACAGGUUCUGAUGCAUGCAGGGGCUGGUAUGGAGUUACAUGCUUAAAUGGAAGGGUCAACAGGUUGAAUAUUAUAAAUGCUAGUGUUGUUGGCACACUCUAUGAUUUUCCAUUUUCAUCUCUCCCUUUUCUUGAAUAUGUUGAUCUUAGCAUGAACCAGCUCUCUGGCACAAUCCCCCCUGAAAUAGGUAAACUCACUAAUCUAGUUUAUCUUGACUUGUCCAUCAAUCAGAUUUCAGGCACGAUCCCACUACAAAUCGGGUCACUAACAAAGCUUGAGAUCCUCCAUAUCUUUGACAACCUAUUAAAUGGUUCCAUUCCGGAAGAAAUAGGUCACCUAAGGUCUCUUAUUCAGCUAACUUUGAAUAAUAACUCUCUUAAUGGUUCAAUUCCUGCUUCAUUGGGGAAUUUGAACUACCUGUCUUCUUUGUAUCUUUGUAAGAAUAAGCUUUCUAGUCCCAUUCCUGUUGAAAUUGGGAAGAUGAAGUCACUUGAGAGUUUGUACUUCGACACAAACAAUCUUUCUGGUCCAAUUCCUACCGAGCUGGGGAAUCUGAAAUAUCUCACUCAUAUGUCAUUAUACCAAAAUCAGCUUACUGGAUUAAUUCCAACUACUCUAGGUGACAUAACUGAGCUCAAGACUCUAUACCUUUAUUCUAACAAACUUUCUGGUCCUAUUCCUACAGAAUUGGGGAAUUUGAAAAACCUCACUGAUCUAUAUUUAUCUACAAAUCAGCUUACUGGUUCAAUUCCAAUUACGGUAGGUGACUUAAGUGAGCUCAAAAUUCUAUACCUUUUUUCUAACCAACUUUCUGGUCCCAUUCCUACAGAGUUAGGGAAUCUGAAAAACCUCACAAAUAUAGAAUUAUCUAAUAAUCAGCUUACGGGUUCAAUUCCUACUUCAUUUGGCAAUUUGAGAAACUUGCAAAACCUGAAUCUCCACUCCAACAAACUUUCUGGUUCCAUUCCAAAAGAACUUGCAUAUUUGGAUAACUUGGUUAUGUUGUCAAUGAGUGAAAAUCAGUUUUCAGGCCACUUGCCAGAGCAUUUUUGCCAAGGUGAAAAACUUGUGAGCUUCACGGUGAAUAGUAACAAGUUAACAGGUCCAAUACCAAGAAGCUUGAGCAAAUGCUCGAGUUUCAAAAGAGUUCGUUUUGAUAACAACAGUUUCACAGGGAAUUUAUCGGAAGCUUUUGGUAUCUAUCCCGAGCUUCAGUUCAUUGAUUUGAGCGACAAUAAGUUUUAUGGUGAACUCAGCAGCAACUGGGGAAAAUGCAAGAAUUUGACAACUUUGCAGAUAACCAGAAAUAACAUUAGUGGUAGCAUACCACCAGAGAUUGGAAAUGUCAAAGGGCUUCAAGGACUUGAUCUUUCGUCUAAUCAUUUGGUUGGGCAGAUUCCAAAAGAAUUUGGAAAAUUGACCUCUCUAGUUAAACUUUUUAUGCAGAACAAUCACAUUUCUGGUAAUAUUCCGAGUGAACUUGGGUCACUGACAAUGUUAAAUUCCCUUGAUCUGUCAGACAAUAGAUUGAACGGGUCGAUCCCAACAUUUAUAGGAGAUUACAUGAACAUGUUUCUCUUGAACCUGAGCAACAACAAGUUUGGCCAGAAAAUUCCAAAGGAGAUAGGGAGGAUAACUCACCUUAGUGUACUUGAUUUGAGCCAUAACAUUCUAGAUGGAGAAAUUCCCUCUCAGUUAGCCAGUUUGCUGGACUUGGAUAAGUUGAAUCUUUCUCACAAUGGCCUCUCUGGCCGCAUUCCUGAAGAAUUUGAAAAUUUGACUGGUUUGCGGGUUUUUGUCUUGUCAUACAACGAGUUGGAAGGUCCAAUACCAAAUAAUAAAGCUUUUAUGAAUGCUUCAUUUGAAGGUAAUAAAGGUCUUUGCGGCAAUGUAACAGGAUUUCAGCCUUGCGAAAGGCCAUCUUCGAUGGUGAAGAAGCAUUCAAGAAGUAAACUCAUCCUCGCCACUGUACUUCCUCUUAUGGGAGCACUAGUACUUCUCUGUGCUUUUACUGGUGUUCUUAUGUGUGAUAAAAGAAGGAAAGUUAAAGAUGUUGAAAGACGGGAUGAUGGUUUAUUUUCUGUAUCCUUGUUAGAUGGAAAGGCAUUGUACAGUGAUAUCUUAAACGCCACAGAGGAGUUUGAUGCAACAUUUUGUAUCGGGCGAGGAGGGCAGGGAAGCGUUUACAAGGUAAACCUUCCAUCAUUAGGGAGUAUAGCUGUGAAGAAAUUUCAUUCUUCAUUUGCGAAUACACAUUGCAAAAGCUUCACGAAUGAGGUCAAUGCAUUGAUUGGGAUUAAGCAUCGGAACAUUGUGAAACUUUAUGGCUUUUGUUCGAAUGCACAACACUCGUUCUUGGUUUAUGAGUAUGCGGAGAGGGGGAGUCUGUUUAGUAUCUUGAGCAAUGAAGUUGAGUCCAAGAAUUUGGAUUGGCUUAAAAGGGUGAAUAUCAUCAAAGGUAUUGCUUUUGCUUUAUCUUAUAUGCACCAGGAUUGCUCACCACCGAUUGUUCAUCGAGACAUAUCAAGCAGUAAUGUUUUGCUUGAUUCCGAGUAUGAAGCUCGUGUUUCAGAUUUUGGAAUAGCUAAGCUUCUCAAGCCAGACUCGUCCAAUUGCACAACGCUUGCAGGCACAUAUGGCUAUGUUGCACCUGAGCUUGCAUAUACAAUGAAGGUUACAGAAAUGUGUGAUGUCUAUAGCUUUGGAGUAUUAGCAUUGGAGAUAAUCAAAGGAAAUCAUCUUGGGGAAUACAUUACUCUGCUAGCAAAUUCAUCGACUAGAGAUCAUGUGCAACUUAGCGAUUUGCUGGAUGAACGCCUUCCAUAUCCUGACAAUAGAGUAAAAGAGGUUUUGGGUUUUAUCAUCAAUCUAGCAAGCUCUUGUUUGGUUGAAACUCCGAAAUCGAGACCAACAAUGCACUUCAUAUCUCAUAGGUUAUCAUCAAUGGAUCCACGCCACGUACUUAUCAGAUUAACCCCCAUGUAACGCGAGCUAUAGAAUCCCUGAUAUGUAAAGGUGUCUUUGUAUGGAAGUGAAUAACCUUUGACACAAAGUGAUUGUGAUGUAAGUAGUUUAAUGAGAAGGUCCAUGAUAAAAUUAUAACUGGGAUUAGUUUUCUGUAUUGUUAGGGUGCUUAUAAUUGUAUUACUGGAAAUUUAUGUGAAUAUAUAUGCCUUUUAAGUA